CAGCGAGCCAAGGAUCUGAGCAAGCGGAGCUUCUCCAGUCAGCGGCCAGGCAUGGAUCGUCAGAACCGGCGCCCAGGCGCUGGGGGCAAGACUGGCGGUGGUGGCAGUAGUGGAGGUGGUGGUGCAGGCCCUGGGGGACGGACUGGCCCAGGACGAGGGGAUAAGAGGAGUUGGCCCUCUCCCAAAAACCGAAGCCGUCCUCCUGAGGAGCGACCUCCGGGACUUCCUCUGCCUCCGCCACCCCCCAGCAGUUCUGCUGUUUUCCGCCUGGACCAAGUUAUCCACAGCAACCCUGCUGGCAUCCAACAAGCUCUGGCCCAACUUAGCAGCCGCCAAGGAAAUGUAACUGCACCAGGGGGGCACCCAAGGCCUAAGCCUGGGCCUCCCCAAGCCCCUCAGGGCUCCUCCCCUCGGCCCCCAACCCAUUAUGACCCCCCGAGGGCCAGCAACGCUAUCAGCUCUGACCCCCACUUCGAGGAGCCAGGGCCGAUGGUGAGGGGGGUGGGCGGGACUCCCCGGGACUCUGCCGGGGUUAAUCCCUUCCCCCCCCCGAAACGGCGGGAGCGGCCUCCCCGAAAACCGGAGCUGCUGCAGGAGGAAACUGUGCCAGCUUCUCAUAGCUCUGGAUUCUUGGGCUCUAAGCCUGAGGUCCCAGGCCCUCAGGAAGAAUCCAGAGAUACAGGCACAGAGGCCCUAACUCCCCACAUCUGGAAUCGUUUACAUACUGCCACAAGCCGAAAGAGUUACCAGCCUGGCUCCAUAGAGCCCUGGAUGGAGCCCCUGAGCCCCUUUGAGGAUGUGGCAGGCACAGAGAUGAGUCAGUCUGACAGUGGGGUGGACCUGAGUGGAGGUUCUCAGGUGUCAUCAGGUCCCUGCAGCCAACGCAGUUCCCCCGAUGGAGGACUUAAGGGGUCAGCAGAGGGACCCCCCAGGCGGCCUGGAGGACCCUCACCCCUAAAGGCUGUUCCUGGUGAGAGUUCAUCUGCCUCUGAACCCUCCGAACCUCAUAGGAGACGGCCACCUGCUUCCCAUGAGGGGGAAAGAAAGGAGCUGCCCCGGGAGCAGCCUCUGCCCCCUGGUCCCAUAGGCACAGAAUGAUCACAGCGCACAGACCGAGGCCCAGAGCCAGGCCCUCUCCGACCAGCCCACCGAGCGGGCUCUCAAGUUGAGUUUGGCACGACCAACAAGGACUCAGACUUGUGCCUAGUGGUAGGAGACACUUUAAAAGGAGAGAAGGAGUUGGCGGCAUCAGCCACAGAGGCCGUGCCCAUAUCCAGAGACUGGGAGCUGCUCCCCAGUGCUUCUGCUUCAGCUGAGCCACAGGCCAAGAGUCUGGGUUCUGGGCAGUGUGGUCCAGAGCCCAGCCCUUCAGGUCAGCGUCUGUACCCUGAGGUCUUCUAUGGUAGCCCUGGACCUCCGAACUCCCAACAGGUCUCUGGGGGUGCACCUAUCGACUCCCAGUUACAUCCAAGCAGUGGAGGCUUCCGGCCUGGGACACCCUCAGUACACCAGUACAGGUCACAGCCUCUGUAUCUGCCCCCAGGUCCUGCCCCUCCCUCAGCACUGCUCUCUGGGGUAGCUCUCAAGGGCCAGUUUCUGGAUUUCUCAGCACUGCAAGCCACAGAGCUGGGGAAGUUGCCUGCUGGGGGAGUUCUCUACCCUCCACCGUCCUUCCUCUACUCUGCAGCUUUCUGCCCCAGCCCUUUGCCUGACCCACCCUUGCUUCAGGUACGCCAGGAUCUGCCAUCCCCUUCAGAUUUUUACUCUACCCCUCUGCAGCCAGGUGGCCAGAGUGGCUUCCUUCCUUCAGGAGCCCCUGCGCAGCAGAUGCUUCUACCUGUGGUAGACUCUCAGCUGCCAGUGGUGAACUUCGGCUCCCUGCCGCCAGCGCCACCCCCUGCUCCACCUCCUCUUUCUCUGUUACCUGUGGGUCCUGCUCUCCAGCCCCCCAACCUGGCUGUGCGGCCCCCACCUGCUCCUGCUGCCCGGGUCUUACCUUCACCCGCCAGGCCCUUCCCCGCUACCUUGGGGCGAGCGGAGCUUCAUCCAGUAGAGCUAAAGCCUUUCCAGGAUUACCGAAAGCUGAGCAGCAACCUUGGGGGUCCUGGGUCAUCACGGGCUCCCCCAUCUGGAAGGCCCUUCUCUGGUCUCAAUUCCCGGCUCAAGGCCCCACCUUCCACCUACAGUGGAGUAUUCCGGACUCAGCGCAUUGACCUCUACCAGCAGGCUUCCCCACCAGAUGCCCUGCGCUGGAUGCCGAAGCCUUGGGAACGGACAGGGCCACCUUCUCGAGAAGGGCCUCCCCGAAGAGCAGAGGAGCCCGGGCCCCGGGGGGAGAAGGAGCCUGGAUUGCCUCCACCCCGCUGAGGGAGUUCCCCUUGACCCCAUCCCCGGGGCUUGUAUAUAGAUUAUAAAUAUAUAAGGGGGAAGGGGUGGGUGGGGAGGGGUCGUGGGUCUGGAGUCUCACUGCCCCUCUUCUCUUCCCCUAGUCCCCUAUCCCUGGGGCCGUUUGUUAAAAAAGAAUAAUAAAAGAAUUUAAAAAAAAGGGAAAAAAAAA